AUGGACUCCAGCAGCGGCUUCCUCCCUGCCGGCGCGGCGAACGGCGGCAGCAACAACGGCGGCGGCGCGCAGGCCCAGCAGCAGGCUGCGCCGCCGCCGAUCCGCGAGCAGGACCGGCUGAUGCCGAUCGCGAACGUGAUCCGCAUCAUGCGGCGCGUGCUGCCGCCGCACGCCAAGAUCUCGGACGACGCCAAGGAGACGAUCCAGGAGUGCGUGUCCGAGUACAUCAGCUUCAUCACGGGGGAGGCCAACGAGCGGUGCCAGCGGGAGCAGCGCAAGACCAUCACCGCCGAGGACGUGCUCUGGGCCAUGAGCCGCCUCGGCUUCGACGACUACGUCGACCCGCUCAGCGUCUACCUCCACCGCUACCGCGAAUUCGAGGGCGAGGCGCGCGGCGUCGGCGGCCUCCCACCGGGUGCAACGCGCGGCGGCGACCACCACCACCACUCCAUGGCGCCGCCGCCGAUGCUCAAGCCCCGCGCGCCCGGCGCUGCCAUGCCGCCGCACCACCACGACAUGCAGCUGCACCACGCCUCCAUGUACGGGGGCGCCGUGCCCCCGCACCACGGCCACGGCCACGGGUUCGCCAUGCCGCACCACCAGGGCGGCCACCACCAGUACCUGCCGUACCCGUACGACCCCGCGUACGGCGGCGAGCACGCCAUGGCCGCGUACUACGGGGGAUCCGGCGCCGCGUACGCGCCCGGCAACGGCGGGAGCGGCGGCGACGGCAGCGGCAGCAGCGGCGGGAGCGCGUCGCAGGGCGGCGGCUUCGAGCACCAGCACCCGUUCGCGUCGUACAAGUAG